AUGGCAAAGUGGGUGGAGAUUAUGGAUCAAGGUGCGAGGAUCGUGUUGAGAUCUUAUUCAAACUGUCCUCAAACAGGUCGGAAGUUUUAUCAUCCUCCGCCUCAUUCUGACAUCGGCGAGAAUCACGCUCAUGGAGGCGGCGCCGCCGUGAACGGCGGCGGCGGGAAAUCGGGGUUAGGGUACGGUGGGAGUGGGUUUGAUGUUAUUCUUUAUUCCGUUUAA